UCAACCGUCCUUUAUAUACAACAAUUACCAAGACUCUCCCCAGUUUAAGGAGUUGACCGAAAUUAAUUGGAUAAGGAUUCUAAUAUUCAGCAUCUAAAAGAGAAGUAACUAACUUACGCCAACAGAGAUGAGAUCCGCCAUCCUAUUGGUCUGCCUAGUGACAACAUGCUUAAAGGUUCAGUCUGCGGCUAUCACUGAGAAGAGGUCUUUUUUAUCUACACUUGAGAACAAAGUGAAAUCAACUUUGGAAAAACAACUGCUGAGUGAACUGUCUAAAGAAAUAACAUGGAAAAACACGCCACAGUUUUAUGAAGAGAUCGUGAAGCUGAUCCGAGACACAGAGGAUAAGAUGCUGGGAGAUGUUAUGAGGACAAUCCUACAAACCUCUAAUGGCACAGGUGCAAUAUCAGUGAAGACAAUCGAGGAAGUGGUCUCUACUUUCCUGAAAACAAAAGCCAACCAUAAAAGAGAUGAAGAUGAUAACAUGCCAAAUUAUCUCAACAUCAAAUUCGGGGGCUUUGGAAAAUAAUUUGCAGAAAGUGCACCACAUGUUGUAACUCAAAGUCUGCAAUAAAUUUCGUGGGAAAGGCAGCUAC